AUGUCCCUAGUUCCUUUUAAGCCAAACAAACAAGAUGUGGUUAAUGAGUUUAAGGAUGAUUUGUAUUUCCUUGUACCAAAAGAAACUCAUACAAUGCAAGAAAUUAUAGUGGAUAUUAAUUACCAGGAUCAUAGGGAAAUACUAGAUGAUUUUGAGCCUUUUAGCAGUGAUGGAUAUCAUAAUGUGGGUGGGUUUGAAAGAGAGGUUGAAGUUGAAGAAUUACAGGAUGAAGAGGAUGAACAAGGGCAUGCAGAGGAUUCAAAAGAUGAUUCAGAAGAGCAUAUAGAAGAAGAGGAUGAUUCUGACUACAUUGUUGACCCAAAGGCUAUUUUAGAUUACUUGGAGGUUGAUAUGAGAGAGUUUAGCAGUUGCAUGGAUGAGGUUGAAUGGUUUGGACAAGGACUAAACAUAGAAUUAGAUUUAAACCAAGAUGAUGAUUAG